AUGGCAACCUCUUCGACCAAGGUCGUAGAGCUUGGCUUUGCCGAGCCACCAGAAAAUCCCCUCACUGCUGAUAAUUUUCCAAGUAAAAUUGGGGGAAAACCGGCAUGGUUAAAUCCAGGCCAUAUUUUAUCAGCCGAUCAAGUUCUUUGUGGCAUUUGUAAAAAACAAAUGAUUCUUUUGGUUCAGUUGUACACUCCUGAAGACCACCCACCUGACGCCUUUCAUCGGACAAUAUAUGUUUUUUGUUGUAAAAAUGGGACAUGUCACAAAGCUUCUUGGCGUAAAAGGUUUUUAAAAGUGUUUCGAAGUCAAUUGCCAAAAUAUAAUCCUUAUUGGCCACCAUCAAAUGAAGAGACCAACAACUGUAAUUCCAAUGGAGAAAACUCUAAUGGACAAGUUAAUCGAUUGUUGAAAAAAUUCAUUUCUGUCGAUACUUGUGUAGUUUGUGGUCUUCUCGGUUCCAAAAAAUGUGGGAAAUGUCAUAAAACUUAUUAUUGCUCGAAAGAACAUCAAAUUAUACAUUGGACGUCCGGACAACAUAAAUUAUUUUGUAAUACAACUACAUCUCCAUCAGAAGAUCAUGAUAGUUUAUGUAGACAGCUUUGUUUAUUCCCGGAAUUCGAAAUUGUUUCAGAAGCUGAGGGGAACCUGGACAAAGAUGAUGAAAAUGAUGAAAGUGAAGGCGGAUUAGCUCUUGUUCCAGUUGGCGAUGAAAUUUAUGAAAAUACUAAAGUUAACGUAGAUAAAGCGUUUCUAAAAUUUCAAAAAAAAGUUGAACCUUACCCUGAUCAGGUAUUAAGAUAUGCACGACUAGAUUAUGAAAAUGAAAAAAACGCUACACCAUUAUGGGUAAGUGACAUUGGUAAACCGAUGCCCGAGGAUAUACCUUCAUGUUCGCAUUGCGGCCAAGAACGAACUUUUGAAUUCCAGAUAUUAUCUAUACUUUUAAAUUAUCUUCAAGUAGAUCAUACACAAAAAGAUUCACUUGACUGGGGUACUUUACUUGUAUAUAGUUGUAAAGAUAAUUGUCAUAUAGGUGAUAAGAAUUAUGUAGAAGAAAUUUUGUGGCGACAAGAUUUUAGUGAUGAGGGUGUAAACUGGUGUAAAUUGAGAUCUUGA